AUGGAUGAUGUUGCUGGUUUACAAGAGGCAGCUGGAACAAGAUUUAGCCAGUUUGAGUUAAUCGGAAGAGGAUCGUUUGGUGAUGUUUACAAAGCGUUUGAUACGGAUCUUAACAAAGAAGUUGCCAUAAAAGUUAUUGAUCUGGAAGAAUCAGAAGAUGAGAUUGAAGAUAUACAGAAGGAAAUUUCAGUACUGUCACAAUGUCGUUGCCCAUAUAUUACCGAAUACUAUGGUUCUUACCUUCACCAGACCAAGUUAUGGAUCAUCAUGGAAUAUAUGGCUGGUGGCUCAGUUGCUGACCUUCUUCAACCGGGUCAUCCAUUGGAUGAAAUUUCAAUUGGUUGUAUUACGCGCGAUCUACUUCAUGCUGUUGAAUAUCUCCACGCUGAGGGAAAGAUCCACAGAGAUAUUAAAGCUGCUAAUAUUUUGUUGUCCGAGAAUGGUGAUGUUAAGGUCGCGGACUUUGGUGUGUCUGCACAAUUAACCCGGACAAUAUCAAGGAGAAAGACAUUUGUAGGAACACCAUUUUGGAUGGCACCAGAAGUGAUUCAGAACUCAGAAGGGUAUAAUGAGAAGGCAGAUAUAUGGUCACUCGGAAUAACAAUGAUCGAGAUGGCAAAAGGAGAACCUCCCCUUGCUGACCUUCAUCCUAUGAGAGUGCUAUUUAUCAUUCCCCGGGAAAGCCCUCCUCAGUUAGAUGAGCAUUUUUCACGUCCUUUGAAGGAAUUUGUUUCCUUUUGCUUGAAAAAGGCUCCUGCUGAGAGACCAAGUGCGAAAGAACUUCUCAAACAUAGAUUUAUAAAGAACGCUAGGAAAAGCCCGAAACUUCUUGAGAGAAUAAGAGAGCGGCCAAAAUACCAAAUAAAGGAUGAUGAGGAGAUUCCAGAGAAUGGUCCAAAAUCACCGGUUGAAUCAUCUGGUACUGUUAGAGUGGCUAGAGAUGAGAGAGGCCAAGGAACUAGCUACAGUUUUCAGGGAAAAACUGUCAAAAAUGCCGGGUGGGACUUUAGCAUUGGGGGUUCCCAGGGUGCUGGAACUGUUCGAGCUUUAAAGCCUCCACAAGCUAGGGAAAGGCGCCAAGAAGUUAGUUCUAAUUCGACUUUUCAGAAAACAUCACGAGCAGUCCCCGAAAUCUCAGAAGGAGGUUUUGUUAAAAGAGAUUCGUAUCAGAAUGACUAUCAAGAAGAAGAUGAUUCAUCACUUAGUGGUUCCGGAACUGUUGUCAUAAGAUCACCGAGAAGCUCUCAAUCAUAUUCAAUGUUUCGAGACCAAAGCUCUGGGUCUACCAGCAGGUAUACGUCUUUUGAGGAUGCUUCUACGAGUGGAACUGUUGUUGUCCGUGGGCAAACUGAUGAUUCUGUAUCACCUCGAACACCAAAAUCUAGACUAGGGCUUCAAGAAAGAACCUCCAGUGCCUCGGAAGAUAGCACAGCAAAUCUUGCAGAGGCAAAGGUAGCACUUGAAGCCGCUUUCAGAAGAGGGAAUGCUAGGGAAAGACUUGGUAAUGGGAAGGUUAACAAAAAAAGGGAACAAACAAAAGAUACUUCUGAUUACUUGAGAAAUCCCCGUGAUCGUUCUGAUAUACAGAAACCACUCAUGAGAUCACAAGAAGUGAGUGAUGAUGAAGAUGACUCCAAAUUGGCAUCAUUGUCUGCAUCAUUGUCACUAUUGAUCUUACCAUCUCUGAAAGAGGCUCUAGGUGGCAGCGACUCGAAAGGAUCUGUUGGACAUAGAGUUUCGAGAGCGUUAGUGAACAUGGAACGCGAAAAGCCUGGUUCUUGUGAAGCUUUUAUUGCCAAACUGAUCGAACAGUUGGGAAGUUCAAAGGAAGUGUCAGUGAAAGAACUACAAGACAUGGCGAACCGUGUGUUUGGUAAGGCAAAUGAUGCAGAAAACAAAAGAAAGCAAGCGAGCAAAGAGUUUACUUCCAAUACAAACGUUAGCCCACUUGGAAGAUUCUUAUUCUCAAGAUGGCUAAGUCAAACAUCGCGUGAUCUUAACUCAAGUUGA